AUGUUACCCUCGAGAGAUGAUAUAGCAAAGUUCAUUGCCAUCGCUCCAGAGGCCAAUGAAGGGACCGCCCUCAGGUUUUUAGAGGGAGCGGAAAGCAUUGACGAUGCUAUCGGUCGGUAUUAUGGGAUCCAAAAUGAGGCUACAGCUCCAAGUUUGCCUACUAUGGAUGCUGGGGCUGAUAUGCAUAACUGCCCCCCACCGUAUGCACGCUCAGCAACAAGCGGGGUUGCAUAUCAUUACAUCAAUACAUUCAUUGAAGCUGCCGAAAUCCGCUCUAAAGAUGAACAAGAUAUGAAGGCCGCCCUACAAGGCAUUCAGCGGGCCUGUCACAUUUUCAACUCUGAUAUUGAGCCAGAGCAUACCACGCAAUAUCUUAACUGUGACUGCGACGUCCACAAAUACAAAGACAGAAAGUCUGCCCGGCUUCCUGUUCAGGAAAUGUGGUCCAAAGCAGUCAUCUAUCCAGGUGAAUCAGCCUACCAUGACACUCGUUCAUUGGCACUCAUCAUGAAAAAUCCAUAUAGCCGUGUGCCCUCGCCUUUUCCUGUCACAACCCCCGGGAGUUACAAUACGGCGAAGCCUACUCCGUCCGGCUAUAACCAGUAUCUUCAAAGGAUCGUACGACUGAAUGCAACUAUCAAUGCUGCGGCACAGGCUGCCAUUGAUUCAAAAGAGCCAACAUCUACCAUAUGGGAUACCGAAGAACUAGAGGCCUCUGUACCAAAUGAGGCUGACGCCACAGCUUCGUCUCAUACCCAGCAAGCAGCUGCACAAGGGCUCACUCAUCAAAAUAAUCCCCCAGGUCCUCUCGCAGAAGGCUCCAAGCCAUCGGCAUUUGGUAGUUUGAAACAGAUGUUAUCGAAGAAGACGCCAGAGGAGAAGGCAGAGAGGGCAGCUACUCACACUAGGGAGCUACGCAUGGCCAUCCUAGAAGAGGAGCAAGGCAGAUGGCCAAAUCAAGAAUGGCGACAGCUCGUGGCAGCCUACCAAGAAGCAGUCAGAAUAAGUCAAAAGAUUGCCGACCUUCGAGCCCGGCACCCAAUUCAGUAUCUCCAUCUCCUCCGAGCAGGAUAUUUUGAGCCUAUUCCAGCGGCUUGGGCAAAAUCCACGACUAGCCCUCUCAGAUUGACUAUUGAUGCAGUUGGUGGGUGGAGAGGGGUCACACCGGGCUGGAGAGGAUAUAAAGAUCUCGCCGAGGAACGUCUAUACUGGGUUAUGAAUAACACAGAUGGCAUUGUUGGAAAUAAGACGAAGCCCGAUGUUAUCUCUGCGAUGAGCAUGGCUCGAUCUAGAAUGGAAUCCGCGAUUGGAACACCUACGGAAUACUUCUCACGCGACGAUAUCUGCAAUGUUCAAUCCAUUUCCGAGACUUACUCGAAGCAGACCAUGUCCCCUUUCAGGCCCUUUGGGGAGCCGGCAGCUCCUUCGGACGAAAGUAUGAUUCUCCUAGAGGUCUCUGGGUCUAUGAAUUCCCCACCGCUCCAGCCGAAUUAUAAUGAGCAUUUCAUUACAGGUUAUACCACCUCCAAGCAGCCAAAGAGCAAAGAUAUCGCCAAGGCCAUCAUACGUCGCUUUUCCCAAGCAAUGAUCAAUCACGACCACAAUACCCGAGGCUAUCAACUGGUCAUAUUCGCCGAUCAGGCCCGCUACAUAGGCCACAUCAGCCACCAAAAUUUCGAACAGACAUGGUCAAACAUUAGAUUCGGGGGAGAAACUCGACUGAUGUUAGGCUGGGAAAGAGCCAAGGAGCUCCACUUCCAAAAGCACUCCGGAACAGCAAUCUAUCACCCUAUGUACGGGUGGCAGGCUGGUCCACAAACACCCAUACUGAGACUGCUUAUCGUACUCGACGGCGAAGCAACAGACAUGAAAGAAUUCCACCUCGAUCUUCUUAGCCUAUCUUGGGUUCAUGCCACGAUCUUCCUGAUGGGUGCAGAUAGGUGUCCACGCCACCAUCAUCUUGCGAACGAGCUACAGAGAAUCAGCAAUACCAAUCCUCGUGUCUCUUUCCUAGAUGCGCAGGGGAAUAUCCCGGAGCGCUUCGUCACCCACGAACUACUAAAGCGACAUCUCCGAUGCAAUAUUUCAUUCACUGAUUUUGAGAUGCUGGAGCAAGCGACGGUGGAUCUACCGUCAUAUGUAGCAUAA